AGCGGCUCAUUCUUCAGAGCGCCGUAGUGCCUCGUCGGGUGAAGAGGUUCGGAUGCAGCGUGCGAUUCCAGUUAAAAAAAAAAUAAUAAAAAAAACUAAAUAGUCGACUUUCCGAGCAGUGGAACCAAGUCAACCACCUCGCGACCAGUGCGCGUCGUAUGAGUGUUCGGGUGGAAAAAAUGUCUUUAAAUUUACGUAUUGUUUGAUGGAUUAUCGUGUUACGGAGAAAACGAAAAUGAUGGAUUUAUUAAAACGGAAAUGAAUUUUCGUUUGGUCUAAUGGAAUGUUUGAAGAUGUUACGAACCAGACGUUCGGCAGUGCUUUUGCAGCAGCAUUUUGGAUUAAGCUUAUAAUCAUCGAUUCCUUUAUAAAUAUUUAUUAUACUAUUCCUGAAACAUAAGAAUAUUUGUAGAAUUGUGAAGUAGUUAAAAAAUGAUGAGCCUCCAGUUUUUCUAUUGAUAGCUGAUUCCACUGAAUUGAAAUCGUUUGAAGCCAUUUUAAUCGUUUUAUUGAAAACAGUUCCAUCGGGUUUCUUGCAGUGCAUGACGAAACUGUUCGAUGGCAUUCAACUCUUCGAUUUCUUCCAUUUAAAUCUACCAUGAGCUGAUACCGAACAGUCUCCAGUGGAUUUCUCAUCAGCCUUGCUUGUCCUUAAACACUUCUUCGUGGAUGUCAAGUUUUUAAAUCUACAAAUGAAUGUUUCGUGACUUUUUCGACGAUAUUUUGUCAGUGUUUUUUGUGAUAUCCAAAAGUAUACGUAUUCAUUUCCGCACUAAGACUUGCGUCGAUGAAAGUCUACGAAUUGGUGACCAUGGCGUGGGUGUACAAGACCAUUUGUAUUCUAAUGCUGGGGCACAUAGCCUAUUCAACAGGGGCUAGAAGAGGAGGUGUUCAAGUACCAUCUUUAGGAUUGAAGCCGCCAUCUUUAGAUCGCCAUCAGUCCAAAACUACGUAUUCCUGUGAAGGGAACGAGCUGCAUGUCGGCUGUGAAGAAGGUAAAGUCAUUCGCUUAAUCCGAGCCAAUUAUGGGCGAUUUAGCAUCAGCAUGUGCAAUGACAACGGCCAUAUGGAUUGGAGCGUCGAUUGCAUAUCGUACAGGUCUUUCCUCAUCAUGCAGGACAAGUGCCAUCAAAAGCCAAGCUGCGGUAUUGGUGUUUCCAGUAGUAUAUUUGGAGAUCCUUGUCCAGGCACAUUAAAAUAUUUAGAAGUUCAAUACCAGUGUGUUUCACCUUCGUUUUUCACAAGUACGACCAGAAAGUCAGCAAUUCUUACAAAUAGUUCAUCACCUGCAGAUUCAGAUAGCGUCCCGGAAACUACCUUGGGAACUGUGCUGGAGACAUCGGGCGGACCCGACGGCACGGUGCCUGCAACAUCCCCAGCCAGUAGCAGCAGUACCAGUAGCAGUAGUACCAGUACAUCCACAACUACAACUACUCAAAAGUAUUCGCAAGAGAGUGUAAGCCUGGUCACAUCCACCUCUCGUGCAAUCACUGAGCUAUCCACUACAGAAAAACCAACUACUGCCACAAGCAUUCCACCUAAUCACUGUCCACCCAUUACAAUGAAUGAUAUUCACUGGAAUUGGACCAGGGCUGGAACUCAAGCUAUUCACAGGUGUCCUGGAGGUGCUACAGGUCUUGCUCGGUGGCAGUGUGCUGAUGACCCAAUCAGGUGGCUGACACCACGUCCAGACUUACGCGAAUGUCGUUCUGGAUGGGUGAUAAAUCUUAAGAAAAGGAUUGAAUCUGGUGAAUCAAUAAACAAUGUUGCCACUGAAUUAUCUUUAAUGACGUACAUUAAGCCCUUGUAUGCUGAUGAUCUCAAAGAUAUUGCUGAAGUCAUACAGCAAACCUUAUCCAGAGCUAUUAAUGGAAUGGAAAAUUUCCAUGACCUUUGGCAUCGUUAUCAUGUUUUAAGAGAAUUGCUCCAGUCACUUGUUGAAACUAUCAGCAAUCUUUUAAAACAAGGCACAACUGCAUGGAAUGAUCUCUCAUCUAGUGAUCGACGGAGAGUCGCUUCUUCCUUAUUGGAUGGUCUGGAAGAAAGUGCUAUGCUCUUGGCUCAUUCUUCUGGAAAAGAAGAUUCUUUCACUCUAGCAGAAGCUAACAUUCUUCUUUCUGUUCAAGUAUUGAGUGCACGAACCCAAGCUCCUGUCCAAUUCCCAGUAUCUGAUGAUUUUCGAGAAGUUAGUGACACUGCAUGGAUAAGAAUGGAUGAUACUUUAGUGCUACCACCACAGACGCUUCUGGAUAUAUCAAAGCAUGGAUUAGCAAAGGUGGUUUUUGUAGUAUAUACUGGCAUAGGUGAUUUAUUAAAACCUGAACCAGGGUUCACUCUUCGUAGCAGUAAAGGAAAUUCAAGUUGGCGGAUAAAUUCCAAAGUGAUUGCAGCAUCAGUUGGCAAACCAGGAAACACUAAAUUAUCUCAACCAAUAGUCAUUACUUUUAGGCAUUUAGAGGAGGAAAAUAUGACAAAUCCUAUGUGUGUCUUUUGGGAUUUUGACUCGAGGGAAUGGUCCAGUAUGGGUUGUUGGGUCCAAGCUUCCAAUACAACUCAUACAUCUUGUGCUUGUAAUCAUCUGACCAAUUUUGCUGUUAUGAUGGAAGUAGCUGAAGUUAAAGAAGCUCAAGUUCCUUCAGAUGUCUUGCAUGUGACAAUCACUGUAGGAUGCGGCAUAUGUAUAGUCUGCCUUCUUGCAACAGUCAUUCCUAUAUUUCUUCUAAGGAGCUUGAUUGGGGAUUCUGUUACUGUUCAUCGUAACAUGUUUUUCUGUUUACUGUCAACUGAAAUUGUCCUUGUAUUUGGAAUUGAACAAGUCUCAUCUCCAAUAGUGUGUGCAGUAUUAGCUGCAGUUUUGGACUAUUUGCUCUUGGCUACAUUUUGUUGGGCAUUUCUGGAGUGUUUCCAGCUUUAUGUGGAACUUGCUGAUAUAUCUCAACCACAGAAGUCCAGAUGGAUUUGGUAUUAUGCUUUGGCCUAUUCUGUACCAGCACUAAUUGUAACUGUUGCAGCAGCUGUGGAUAACGAAAGUUAUGGAACAGAUCGUUUGUGUUGGCUGCGUUCUGACAAUUAUUUCAUAUUUAGCUUCAUAGGACCAGCUGUUGGUAUAUUUUUUGGUGGAGUAGUGUUUCUUUGUGUUGCUGCUUGCAUCUUGUACCAUCAUUCAGGCCUUACUACUACAAUCAAAGGGAAAGAGGAAGCAAAAUUGACGAAAUUAAAGUGUCAUAUUCGACGAGCUGUACUUUUGAUGUGUCUCCUUGGAUUAACUUGGACUACUGGCCUAUUAUAUUUGCACCAGGAAACUCUUGGAUUUGCUUAUGCCUUCACAAUUCUCAACUCCAUCCAAGGAAUUUUUAUAUUACUCUUUUACUGCUUAACUGAUGAAAAGAUUCAGCCUGAAUUGGAACGCCUUGGUGAAUGCUCUCUACUGGGCUCAUUGCAUCGUUCAAAAGGGAACCUACCCCCUCCUGCUGCUCUGACCCCUGGUUCCCCUGGCCAACACAGUGAGGUGUGUCAGGAAGUAGAAAGCCCAAUCAAGCAAGGAAAUUGCUCUGUCAACCUUACUUCCACAACACUAGGUCCCCUAUAUACCACAUCAACCAGCAACCCCAUCCAGGAGAACCAUUCGGCUGAAAUCCCCAAAGUUCAGAAAGAAUUUUAUGGACCGCUCCAAAAAGGUGCUGAGAUUUACAAUCAGAACAGUGGACCAGCUGUUGAUCAUCAAGAAUCUCCUUGUAAAGUUUGGCUUCCUUACGAAUGGCAGCGUCGCAUGGAUCGUCAGUACUUGGGCACGGGAGAUUUGUAUGGUCCAUUCAGUGAGCAUAUAUAUGAGAGUGUCGACGGUGACUACGGAUAUUCGGGACACCCACGGUCUCUCGGCGGAGAGUACUGCUAUCGUUCUGACGUAAGUCAACACUCAUCAUCCAGCUACGGCUAUGAUCAACGGCCCCUUCUGAUAUUACCACGCCAUCCAGGGCAUAGUGAAUAUGGAACAGGGCGGCGUCAUUCCCCCGAAAAGCAUCGUAGACGUCACAGAAACCAUAGACGUUCAGUGGAUGACACUGCUAAGGCUGAGAAUGUUUCCACAGUGGUCAUCGAGCAGGACCAAGUAACUAAUGAAAUCGAGAGAAAUGACCAGCAAAACGGUGAACAUGAAUGGAACUUGCCUGAUUUGUUGCGUUGUCCUGUCGACAACACAGUAGUGAUGGCCGUCUUGGACGGCGAGAAAGUUGUGAGUCGUGUGCAACCCGAAUGUCCCCACUAUAAUCUCAGUACUUAUUGUUGAUAAUCAACUUCUGUAUGUAUAUUACUUGUAAAUAAAUAAAUAAAAAAAUUAAACAUGCAAUAUGACAGCAUGUGACUCGCAACUGAAGCAAAUGUUUGCUUUGCCGUAACUAGAACUAUCGAACUGAUGGUCGUCUUGCCCGUCGAGCUUUUUGCAAUGCUGCUUACUACCAAAUGACUGAAGCAAACAAGAAGAGUUUCGCCUAGAAAUGAUUGAUAAAGACUUUUCUGUAAGCUCAAUGAAGGAAAUAUAUAUAUAUAUAUAUAUUUAUUUAAAAACUGUAGUCAUUACCCAGUAAGACGUACUCUGUGAUUGAGCUGAGGAAUCUUGUGUUUAUAACUUUGGUUGUGCAUCUCUAGUUACGGCUCUGCAUCCAGGGCAGCUAGUCGUACAGGGCCUAGUCCGGCUUGUUUUUUAUUACAUUUUUUUUAUAUAUAUAUAUAAAAUUAGAGUAUGCAGUGAACUCAAAUGUUAUUCCACCUAUGCUUGAUGUCUUAACUUGAAUACUUCAUUUGUGGGAAUGGCAGUUUGGGAAUGCUUUCCUGAAUAUGUGAUAGACUUUCAUUUUAUGAUUUUUUUUAUUAUGAAAUAUUCUAGAAACUGUGUGUCCUUCAAACUGCCUACACUAUGUGCCAUUAACUGCAUUACAAAUGAUAUCCCCAAAUAUGUUUUAUCAGUUUCACCAAAUAUUGCUCUCUAGAAAGUCAAUUAAUUAAAAAAAAAAAAAAAACUUUUUCAAAGCUGUUUCAAUUGAUUUUGGUAAUUUUAAAGCUAUCUAAUACUGGUUAUAUAGUGAAUGGUGACUUAAAUAAAUAAAGAAAGAAAGAAAAUGAAAUAGCAAAGAAAAUGUGGACUGAUGCUAAAUUCAUGAUAUCUGCUCAAGUUUUAUUUGAAUUUAGACAAACUUUUUUGAAUUGAAAAAGUCGGUUGUUUUUAACUUAUUUAUUGUUAUCUAAUGUGUGUAGUUAAAUUUUAUUAAGUUUAUUUUUAGCUCAAAAUUAGAGAAUUUAUAUGUUUCCUUUAAUGUAUUUAUUUAUUUUUUCCAAUCAUAAAUAUUCUGAUGCAUAAAAUGUUUUAAGUCUCCAAACUAAUUUUAUAAUUCUUACUCCAUAACCAAUUCCAUUGAUUUCGUUGGCUAUCAUCUAUAACAACAGCAUUAUUUUCUUCAUAUGAAAACCAUUCACUUAAUUCAUUAUAAGUGAUGGAAGAUAAAAGAAUUAAUUGAAACAAUGGCGGUACUGUGUGAAUAGGUACUUUGUAAAGAAAAUAGAAUGUCGGUAAAUAAUAAUGCACAACAAUUUUACAGAAUUGAGACAAGGACAAUCUAAUUAUACUUUCUAUCUAAUGAAUAGUUUAGGUGAGAAUUUUUUAUCCUGCUGUAAUGCUUGCCAAAGCUCUACUCUGUUUAGUCUGUAAGCCCUGAUAAAUAUUUUUGAAUAAAAAUGUGCAUUGUAAAGCAUAACUUGCAACAUUUUUGUUAUGAAGUCAAUAAAAUGUCUAUACUUAAUUUGUUUUCAUAUUUCGUGAAUUCUGAAGUUGAGCAUGUAUAGAAAUAGUUCACUGUUGUUUCAGAUUGUCUGUUUUUGUGAGCUGUGAUUUAAAUUAUAUUCUAAAUUGCUGUUUAGAUUAAAACCUCUGUACCAAAAUCACCUUUCUAUUUGUAAGCAAGAAAUCUUUUUUGAAGUGAUCUGAACAUGUUCCUUUUUCUUGUACAUUCAUUUUUGCUGUUUAUAUGUGAUAUACAGAAAGUUUCUCUGUCAAUGUGUUCACCCACUGUGGCUGUACACAGUGUAAAUUAGAGCAUUUUUGUGGUACAGUUUGUGUUCCUUCAUUGAACCCUCAUUUUUUGGACUGUUCAUGUGGCUUUGAUUUCAUCACUCUAUUACUGUCGGUGUGAUUCAGUUUUUCUAAGGUAUAAUAUGGAAGCUGUUCAAUUUGUGUCAGAGCUAAUAAAUUUUGAAAAUUA